GUUAUACAAACUUAAUCUGUGAGACCUUCCUGUCAAAUCCUUAUCCUUCCCUACAGAGACUGAAGGCUCAGACGUGGCAGCUGCACAACCCUGAGUAAACCACGUGUAACUUCCUCUUCCUCCUUGCUCUGGGUGUGCUUCAGGCCUCUGAGUAAGAGUGAAGGCACUGAGCUUCUUCCAAGUGCUUUAAUACCUGUUCAUAACUCAUUUCAUCCUGGGUGUGCCUCCAUUUCCCACCCACCAGGGGAAAGUGUAAAAGUUCCCUGCUCCACAGGGCUGGCAGAAAUCAUUUUUGUCACAUUUGGGAAGUGCUGAGUAGGGAGAUGAGCACUGCAAAAAUAAAAUAAAUAAAUAGAAAUUAAGGGAUACAGCAAAAGUGUUAAUGUGGGCCCAAAAAUGUGGUUGUGGGAAGGGACUUUGACAUGUUCUGGUGUGUUCCUUUUCCAGAUGGGCUGGGGGGAUCUGGGAAUUUUCGGAGAGCCUUCGAAGGAAACCCCUAACCUAGACCAGAUGGCUGCAGAAGGGAUGCUGUUCCUGGAUUUUUAUACUGCCAGCCCCCUCUGCUCUCCCUCAUACACACCACAGGAUAUAGUAGGAGGAAUCCCAGAUUCUGAAUUACUGCUCCCAGAGCUCCUGAAGAAAGCUGGUUACACCAAUAAGAUCAUUGGCAAAUGGCACUUGGGGCACCGGCCCCAGUUCCACCCCCUGAGGCACGGCUUUGAUGAGUGGUUUGGGUCCCCAAAUUGUCACUUUGGGCCCUAUGACAGCAGAGAGCGCCCCAACAUCCCCGUGUACAGGGACUGGGACAUGGUUGGCAGAUACUAUGAAGAUUUCAAAAUUGAUCUGAAGACAGGUGAAGCCAACUUGACUCAGUUCUACCUGCAGGAAGCUCUGGAUUUUAUUAGCAAGCAGCAGGCCAGCCAGCAACCAUUCUUUUUAUACUGGGCAAUUGAUGCUACCCAUGCUCCUGUUUAUGCCUCCAAGCAGUUCCUGGGCACGAGUCAGAGAGGGCUGUAUGGGGAUGCUGUGAGGGAGAUCGAUGACAGCAUUGGGAAAAUCCUGAAGCACCUCCAGCAGCUGGGGAUCAGUGAGAACACCUUUGUGUUUUUCACCUCUGAUAAUGGGGCUGCUCUCAUUUCAGCUCCCAGACAAGGAGGAAGCAAUGGGCCUUUCCUGUGUGGCAAACAAACCACCUUCGAGGGUGGCAUGAGGGAGCCUGCGAUUGCCUGGUGGCCCGGCCACAUCCCUGCGGGAGGGGUGAGCCAUCAGCUGGGCAGUGUGAUGGAUCUGUUCAGCACCAGCCUCUCCCUGGCGGGUGUGCAGCCUCCCAGUGACAGACAGAUUGAUGGCAUCGACCUUUUACCUGUCAUGCUGCAGGGCAGGCUAAUUGACAGGCCCAUUUUCUAUUAUCGUGGUAACGAGCUGAUGGCAGUGAGAGCUGGGCUUUACAAAGCUCACUACUGGACCUGGAGCAACUCCUGGGAGGAGCACAGCAAGGGCAUUGAUUUCUGUCCUGGCCAGAGUGUGGCUGGAGUGACAACACACACCCAGGAGGAGCACACUUACCUGCCCCUGCUCUUUCACCUGGGCAGGGACCCUGGUGAGAAGUACCCUUUAAGUUUUGCCAGUGAGGAAUACCAGAGGGCUGUGGAGCACAUCUCAGGGCUGGUGCAGCAGCACAAGGCCAGCCUGGUGCCAGGCCAGCCCCAGCUCAACGUGUGUGACCAGGCUGUCAUGAAUUGGUCCCCUCCAGGCUGUGAGAAGCUUGGGAAAUGCCUGAAAGCACCAGAGUCUGAUCCUAAGAAAUGCUCUUGGCCUCACUGAUGGCUGCAGCCCUCCAGAGCUACCCAGAGGCAGCUGGACAUGCAUUUUCCAAUGCCUGCUCCUGUUGGCACUCCUGUUUACACAGGAAGGGUGUGAUGUGUGCAUGAUAUCAUCACUUGCUCUUCCAAAAGGGCCAGUGUUUAUAUUGCUCCUGCUCAGGGUUUAGCCUCUACUCCUCUCUUCUCCCAAUUCUUUCCCUAAAUGGUAACUCCAGUGAAGGAUUGCUUCAGCUGUAAAAGCUCUCUGGACAGCCACGACUCUGCCAUCAGCUCCAAAAUGCCAUGGAUCACUCCUGCUCCUUCCAGCACACCUUGCUCUCUGGGGUGCCCCAACAGGAGCCAUGGGACAGGUCAGGAAACUCAGAGCUGCCAGAGAGCCCUGCCCAAACUGCCCGUGUUUUGUUUGACUGUAACUUGUUUUUUUAACUUUUCAUUUCCAUUGUGAACUUUGGA